CCCCAGUGCUCGUGAGCCUUUUCGUGCCAAAAAAACAACACGUCUAGUACUUAACUCCACACAUCUAAUCUUUCAAUAUGGAAAUAUACACUAAGAGGUCACUUCAUCCGUCAUAUCUUGUCCAUGCGAUUACCAAUGACGCGCCAAAUACUGUUGCAAAAUGGUAACCUGCUUGUCCACGACGAAAAGGACCAUGUCAUCCCAACUCGCGCUGAUCUCCUCAUCGAGAACGACCGAAUCAAAGAGAUCAGAGAGAAUAUCGAGCCCUCUGGGGCUAUGUUAGUUAUUGACUGUUCCGACAAGAUUGUCUCACCUGGUUUCAUUGAUACACACCAUCAUCUUUGGCAAUCUCAGCAGAAAGGGAUGCAUUGCGAUCAAAUUCUCCUCGAUUACUACCAUUCAGGGAAUCUGGCUAGCUCGCACUACUCAGCCAAAGACAUCUUCUUGGGUGAAUUAGGAGGUGCCCUUGAGCUUCUAGACGCAGGUACAACGACUGUGGUCGAUCAUGCACAUCUAAAUUACACUCCAGAGCAUAGCAAGGAGGCGUUACGUGCUCUCGUUGCGUCAGGCGUCCGCGCAGUGUUCUGCUAUUGUGCGCAUCCCCGCGUGGAGACGUGGCAUCCUGAGCUGCAGUUUGAUAAAGACAUGCUGCCUGAUUGGGUCAUGGAAACUUUCAAGGAGCUCUCUACCAAACAGCCUUUUGGUCCAAAUGGUCGUGUUAGGCUGGGCUUUGCCAUUGACCCAGGCUUCUGCUCUCAGCAUGAGCUGAAGCAGGUUUUUGCCGAAGCAAGGUCGAAUGGAGCUCAUCUGAUCACGUCGCACGGGACGAAGGUUGCGAUGCUUGACAUGCCAUCAACGAUAGACGUCCUUGCCAAGAGUGAAUUACUCGGACCGGAUGUACUAAUAUCACAUGCGAAUGCAACCACGAAAGAGGAACUGUCCAAGCUCAAGGAAUCUGGUGUCCACUUGUCAAGCACACCGAUCACGGAGAUGCAAAUGGGACAUGGGCACCCUCUAUGUCUGAUGCCUUACUUUAACGGUCUUUCGUCCUUGGGGGUAGACUGCCACAGCGUGAGCAACUGCUUCCUUCCGAAUCAGAUGAUCACGGCACUGCAGGCUAGCCGAGCUCGCAUUUUCGAACAGGCUCAAGCAAAGAGAGAAUGGGAUGCGACCGUAGGUCCAACCGUGGAGAAUGCCUACAAUCUGGGGACAAUUUUUGGGGCCCGUGCUGCGAAGCUUGAUCACGAAAUCGGCAGCUUAAAGGUUGGGAAAAAGGCGGAUAUCAUCAUUUUCAGUGAGAAGACUCCGACAAUGGUUCUGGCGUCAGCUUGUGACCCAGUCGCGGCAAUUGUCUUGCACAGUUCUGUGAGAGACGUAGAGACCGUGAUCGUUGAUGGGAUAAUACGGAAAGAGAAUUGUUCGCUUCUCAAAACGUCGCUCCCCAAGGGAUUGGGUGCCGAUGAUGGAGAAGAGAGGCCGUUGUCCUGGUCAGAGCUAGCUAGUGAACUGGUUCAAAGCUCAACAGAGUUGAAGAAGAAGACUGACGCUGUUGAUGAAGACACGGCGCGCGACGGAUUAAUCAGGGCAUUUCUGGAGGACCUCACUCGAUUAAAGAUUUAAAAUCAGC